GCGUCCGCAGGCUGUUGCCAUAGCGACGCGUCCGCAGCGCCGCCGUGCUCCAGCCCGUCCCGCACCCUUCCCGCAGCUCCGUGCGUGUGCGCGUCAUGACGAGGCCGCGCUUCUUCACCGCCGCGGAGGUGGCGACUCACAACACCGCGACCGACCUGUGGGUGUCGUUCCUGGGCAAAGUGUGCGACCUGAGCCCGCUGGUGACCCGCUACGCAGGAGAUCCUCUGCUGCUGCCCAUCCUGGAGUCUGCAGGAACGGACAUCAGCUGCUGGUUUGACCCCAGAACCAAAGACGUAAAGACCUUCGUGGACCCUGUGACCAACUGUGUGAGGUACCACACCCCCAGGGGGCGCUUCCUGCACGUCCCGCCCGCAGGCCCGCGCUCAGACUGGGACGGGGACAUCGGCGCCCCCUGGUGGGCCGACCAUCGAUACCAGGUGGGUCUUCUGUCCGCCAAGACCAGACGGAUCCGGGUGGUCAAUACACUGACGCUGCAGGUGCAGCCGCUGCAGGUGUGCUCCGAGGAGACUCUGGAGGAGAUCCUGCAGCGGUACCUGCGCUACAACUCCCACGCUCGCAGCUACACCUGGAAACACGACGGCGAGGUCCUGGACAUGAGCAGGACGCUGAGCGACAACCACGUCCCGGACCACGACCAGGACCUGGAGCAGCUCGGGCUGGACCCGGACCUCUACACCCCCGCCAUCCUGCUCUACUUCAACGAUGACCUGACGGAGCAGUGACACCAAAUACUGGACUGUCCCGCCCCUCUGAUCAGCCUGAGCAUGAAACCAGACGCUUGUCUUCCUGCCGUCACAGGAGUCCUGAGCGGAUCCACAGAGAUCUGCAGUUCUCUGCUAAGGUGAUGGAUGGAGGAGUUCCCACUCAGGUUCCCGCUCUGACUCUCCUGAUCACCUCCAAUGGUCAAUAAAGCUGCUUCUCUGGA